CGCCUACUUAUAGACAGUCCGCCGUGCUGAUUGGACACCGGCGGCGGUCAUCGAACGCCUUCUCAGCUUCUCAUUGGCCAGCCGCUGCCUUUCGCUUCAGGCUCUCGCGGGGCUGCUGUGCGAAGAUGGCGGCCGAACUGGUAGAAGCGAUGAACAUGGUGAAGAGUUUCCGGGUGUCUGAUCUGCAGACACUGCUGGCCUCCAUGGGCCGCAGUAAAAGCGGGUUGAAGCAGGAUUUAGUGGGAAGAGCUCUUCGGCUUGUGCAGACCGAGUACAGUCCAGAGCUGCUAAAGAACGUCCGACAGCUCUAUGAGACGCGCUUCCCCAAAGCCUCGGCCUGGCUGGCUGCCCGACGCCCGGAGACCGUACCCGUAACCUACCCUGCCCUCAACUCCUCGCCCAGAGGCACGGCGCAGGGAACAGACUACCUCAACGGCAUUCCCAAACCGGUGCCGCCUCCUGCGGCCGAAGUUAAACUGGUGCCCCUGCCGUUCUACCACAACCUAGAAACGCUGCUGCCACCUACAGAACUAAUCGCUCAGAACAGUGAGAAGCUGCAAGAGAGUCAAUGUGUUUUUGAAUUAACACCAAGCCAAGUGGAACAGAUCCGGAACUCCAGUGAACUUCGCCCAGGGAUGAAAUCGGUUCAGGUGGUUCUCAGAAUCUGCUACACAGACUCUAUUGGUGUUCAGGAGGACCAAUAUCCUCCCAAUAUUGCUGUGAAAGUGAAUCAGUCCUACUGUCAUGUACCGGGUUACUAUCCCUCCAACAAACCGGGUGUUGAGCCGCGUCGGCCCUGUCGACCCGUCAACAUCACGCCCUGGUUACACCUCUCCACAGUCACCAACAGAGUCACCAUCACAUGGGGCAACUUUGGAAAGCGGUACUCUGUGGCAGUGUAUCUUGUGAGGGUGUUCACAUCUGGAGAGCUCUUCAACCAGCUGAAGCAUUGCUCAGUUGAGAGUCCCGAUCGUUGUCGUGAACGCAUUCAGGACAAGCUGCGCUUUGAUCCUGAGAGUGAGAUCGCUACUACAGGACUGCGAGUGUCCCUCAUAUGCCCUCUGGUGAAGAUGAGACUUGGAGUGCCGUGUCGAGUACUCACCUGCGCCCACCUGCAGUGUUUCGAUGCUGUCUUCUUCCUGCAAAUGAAUGAAAAGAAACCCACAUGGACCUGCCCUGUAUGCGACAAACCUGCUCCAUUUGAGCUUCUUACUAUUGACGGGUUGCUGUCUGAGAUCCUUAAAGAGACGCCAGAGGAUGUGGAGGAGAUUGAGUAUUUGACUGACGGCUCAUGGAGGCCAAUCAGGGACGACAAAGAGAAGGAAAGAGACCGGGAAAACAGUCGCUCGCCCGACUAUCCAGUGGUAGAUAUAUGUGUUCCUGAGGCGAACGGCCACUCCCCAGCACAUAGCGCCACAAGCCAGACUGGGAAGUCUGGAUCGGGUGGCACAUCGGCAGGAACCGGUGGCACCGGUGGUGGGUCGGGAGGCGGAGCCGUGGUGGACCUGACUCUGGACGACUCGUCAGAGGAAGAAGGAGGGGGUGGGGCCGAGGACAGCGAGGACACGGACGACAGCCAGGACAGCCCCGCCCCCAAACGAGGCAGAUACGAUUAUGACAAAGACCUGGUCACCGCAUACUGAGACUAGCAGGACACUUAGACUUGUUGGGGGGGUGUAGAUGGGAUCUGAGCCUUGGAAAUUCAAGAAACGUGUCCCUGUAUCCUCUCCCGAAUGCAUACACACUCAUGCACGCACACAGACACGCAAACUCAUGCGCUGCUGACUUCUGGAGCAAUCGGGCGUCGCAUUGACAAACUCGUAGAUGCCCCGUAAAGCCAUUCCCAGUCAUUCACUGCAUCUCAAUACUGUAUUCUCCCUUUAAAGACCAUGGAAGAGUAACACCACCUUCAAUUCUUCUCUGUUGUCCUCGAUUUCCUCUCCACUUUGUGUUCUGACAGGUUUAAGCAUCCUGGGAAUUUAAGAUCUUGCCAGUUUUAGGCCUUCAAAAUAUUAUGAGAAAAAGUCACCGUAUCUCAAAAAAAGUUCAUUCCUUUGAUCGAGAUCAUACAACCAUUUACAAUCUAUUCAGAGGCUUUUUCUGUUAGUCCUCCACACAAGAUGUUUAUAUUAGCUGUUCAUUUCAGUGUGAUUUGGAGACAUUACUGAAGAAUUUCCAUCUCUCUCAUUUUUGUUUUUAAUUUGUCCACAGAAGUUGACAACCUACCUCAGUCUAACAGCGGGCUUGACCAGAGGGUUAUUGAAAGGGUGUUGAACCCCUUACAUUAAUUUUUUUUUUUUUAGUUGUGUUUUGAAUCCCUUUUGUUUUUCUUGUACAGCAACACUGGAGAGGCAUCAAGCAUUACUCAUUAUUUUGUGCUUGCCCAUUUAGGCAUCAUAUUAAAAAUGAUUCUGACUCUAGCAACGAGUUUCCGGUCAAGUCUGUCGGUCAACUAGUGUGAACUUAAUUGAAUGUGGUGCGCGAAUCGACACUUCAUUCAGAGGGAAUGAUGCUUUGACAUCAGCGGUCCUUUUGAGAUGCUAGUCAGCUAGUAAAUAUUGUAUGAUAUCUAAUGUAAUAAUGACAAUGUAUUAUUUCUGAUCAUUUAAUAGAAAAUUGCAGGUCUCAAUGUCAUUUUAUUGCUUUCAGUUGUUUUGGUCCGUACAAGGCUGCUAAAGUUACGACUUGAGAAAUUCUACAUGGGAAAGGCAGACUGAAAAAUCAGGUUGAGGAGAGGACAAUGAGUUGUUAUUAUUUUCUUCUAGACAUGACUGUAGUAAACACUAGGUUUAUUUAGCAGGGGAGCUGAUGUUAUUGGCAUAAUACCUUACAUUUAUUUUAAAACCUGAUCUUUUCAGUUUACUCCACUUUACAGUUUUCACUUUUCUUUUUCAUUUUAGGACUAAUGGCUGAUUUGUUUGAGCCCAUUGUAUGGAGGUUGUUUGUGUUUUAUUUCAACCAGCUGAGGAGGUGUUAACAUUUGCGUAACAUUUUGUGGACUUAGCGACAGGUGCGUUUCUUAAAUAUGUUCCUUAAUUUCUUGUCAGAAUGAGUAUUUAUUGAUUUAACAGUUUUUGCCUCUUAUUUGAAUUGCAUUUGUUCUCUUUGUGCAUUUGAGGCAUUUCGCAGCAAUUUCAUGAGUUUCCAGCAUGUUGCUUUGUGAUGGUAGAUAACGCUGUGUCCUCUCACGGCCUGCUGGUGUAUGCGCAAUAUCAGCCAUUUGCGACAGUCCCAACCUAAGAGUGCUUAGUCUGGACUGUGCAGACUUGACCUAAACCUCGAAAGAAAGAAAAUCUGCGCUAAACUACCAAACACACAUGGCACAUCCAGGCGGCUGAUCUGUUGAGGAGGACUCAGGGAUGACGUGUUAGUUCUACUUGUCUUUACAUUUUCUUCUCAGUCAAACUUGACUCUCGAACCAGGUUCCAGCAUCGUGUACAUUACCUUCACCAUCAGGUCUUGUAAAGUAGACAGAUCUCUGAUCUAGAAAUUCAGAUGUACUUUCAUUGCAUACGAAAUACAAAUAUUGAAAAAUGGCGCAAGGACUUUUUUUUUUCCCUUGUCCUCUAAGAUUCCAGAGAAAAUCACUGCACUAAGCUCACUAGUGGCAAUUUUAAAGGUUUUUGUUUCCAACUAAUCCUGAAUUCUGACUUGAAUACUCAGUACUGUAUCCUGUCUGUGCUUGGGAAUGUCUCAGCAGAAAAAUAUCGCCAUGAAGGGUCAAAUUACUUUUAAUUUUAGGUUCCUCUUUGAGUCAGCAUGGUCUUCCAUCUUCUUUACACGAUACUCCCAACUCCCCCACACACUUUUCUUUAGAUUUUUUAGAAUAGUCAGUGCUGCAUUUGACAGUUUCACAUAAUAAGACCUUAAUGUUCCCCUAAAUUUGACCACACUUUUAAGGUAAGGAACCUCUUGAAUAGACUUCCAUUUUUAGAUACCUAGAUCAAUCUAUUAGAAAAAUGUGGAUAAAAUGUACAUUUUCUUAUAUUUAAGAGAUAAAUGGAUGGUGAUUGACAACAAUAUAUAUUUCCAGCUCAGAGGUGAGUACAACCUCUGUGUAGUCAGGUGAGGUUGAAAUGUUUGUUUUUUGGGAAUGGAGGCAUCCCCUCUUGUUACAGUGCUUAAGACAGCAUGGGCAGCAGCUUGCAGUUCUUGAUGUAACUGUUUUGUUUGUGUCUUUUUAUAUGUUCAUAUUAAAAGCCAAUAAAAAAUAAUAAUAUUUUAUCAA